CUGAGUAUUAAGGAUAUUGCACAAUUUGGCGACGGUAUUCUCACUAUUGUAAGAGGUAUAUUACCGAUCGAUUCGUUUAUACAAGAUAUUACGAAGGAUAUUCCAUUUGUGAAAGAUAUAUUCGGCGAAGCAGAUCUUAAGAAGGCGGCCGAAAUCCUCAGCGAAAAACCGGAGCUUCUCAAGAAUUAUGUUCAAUUGAAAGAAAUUCUUGAAUUUGGAAUGGUUGUGGCUGGAACUGGACUUGGAUUAUCUGUUGCGACAUUGCUUAUUGAUAUUGGGUUGAUUUUGUGAGUUUUUUAGAGCAAAUUUUAUUGAGCAUUAAAGGUUGCUGGUACUUGCGGAGGAAUUUUCGCAGAUCAGAAUCUAGAUUCUCUAAAAAAAUAUUUAUAUUCAAUAUUUUUGUUGCAGCUUGCACAAACCUGGUGGCAAGUUCGCCGAUCCGACCGAAGGCGAUUCGCAAAAAUCGGACGUCAGCUCGAAGAACAGCAAAAAAUCGACUUUGGAGAGUGGAAAAUCUCCAGCUGGCGGCGGAACCGCCAUGAACAACUAUCCACCACCACCAAUCAAUAAUUAUCCACCACCGCCGGUCAACAAUUAUCCGAGAGCACCACCGCCGCAACGAAAAUUCAAUAAUAACAACAACGCCAAUCACAACAACAAUUUUGGCAGAAGACCACCCGGAAAUCCACAAUACAAUCCAUAUGUUUGAGAAAAUGAGUCGGGAAAUUUGGAGCUUUUUUUACUUGUGAUUUUUCUACUUGUUUUCUUUCAAUGAAAGAUUUUUUGAAGCCUAGAAGCCUAAAAAAGGCAUUUUUCAAAAUUCUACAAAUCAGUUAACAAUAAUUUAUUUUCCGACGCAAAAAAUCGAUAAAAAUCCAAAUUCAGAAUACAAAAAAAAUCUAGAAAUUCUGAGAAAUCUCAAAAAUCCUUUUAGGUUUAUCAUACGUCACGUUCAGCGCGAAAAAUUCACGUUUUCACGUGCCUCUUUCCUAUUUUCAAGGUCAAACAAACAACAUUCCCAAAUAUAAUGAAAAUGAAAAUGAAAAUCGAAACGAAUAUGAAGAUCAAUCUAAUCAUUCGCAUUCUUCUAAUAAUUACUGGAAUUAUCCAAAUUAUUCCGGCAAUUUUACUAGUUAUUGAGAAUUAUCGACAACAUCCGAUUGUUGAAGAAUUCAAAAUGGUGAUUCAAGAUUAUUACGAAAAAUAUGAUGAAUUUCAGGUAAGCCUAAAACCCUAGUCCAGUCUCUAGAAACAUAAAUUUUCAAGCUAAAUUCGAGCCUAAAUCUAGAUGAGCCUGAUAUAAUUAGGCCUGCAUUUUUUAAGGGACUUUGAAUUAUUAGACUAUUAGUUUGUCAAGGCCAUAAUCAAAGGUCUUUUUAGGCCUAUUUUUUUCAAGCCUAGGCUUAGUUCAUUUCACCUUCAGAAUCUCCCAAAUUCCAGGCCACAUUCUCCAACACAGCAUUCCUUCCAUUCAUCUGCGCGGCUCUAAGCCUCUACCUGGCCAUUUUUCCAUAUUUUCCAAACAUCAUCAUCAUUCUGCUAAUGCUCUUGGCCAAUUUAGCAUUCCUCAUUUUACCACUUGUGCGGAUUUUCAAAAUGUCCAACAAACUACCGACACUUUGCUAUAUUUCCGAUUUACCGCCUGAGCCUCAACCAAAAAGACGAAUUUUUGGAAUGAGGUAUGUUGUUGCGAUGAUAGACCCCAGAUACACUGCGUGGUACGAAAUGAAAGAGUUGCGCGAGAAAAGAAUCGCAAAAUUGAGAGGGCCUUGCGAGAGAAUUGCGGAGAUUUUCGAGAUCGACAAAAUUUUGCUCUACACUUCUAUCACCAUUUUUGCACUCGUUUUUGUAUUUUUCCUGUUCCUGUGAGUCAACAAAUUGUUAUUUUUCUCAAUUUUUCCGGAAAUUUAUUUCAGGAUGAUUUACACACUCGCAAAGAAUUACCCGAAAAAAUCGCCGGAAAAUUUGGAAUCGCAGAAAAAUAUGAAGGAGACUGUUUGA